AGACUAACGAUGUAACUGUCAAUGAAUCAAUAAUAAACACAACAAACACAAGCAUAACCUUUGAUACAAUUUUAUUUGUAAUUUAAUUAUUAUAAUAUAUUUUAAUACCUAAGUGUUCUAGCUAGCUAUGGCAGAUCCAAAGGCUAGCAAGCCUUUGGUACUAGAUGAAUUGUUGAUAAAGAAUGUGAACACAUGGGGCAAUGUCCAAUACAACAUACCAAUGCGAGUUACAAGCAAUGAGACAAGAACUGCCACAAAUAUUGCUCUUAGGCAUAUUCCGCCUGUGCCACAUAAUUUUGACUGUAAAAUAAACGACCCCCUGCCGCCUCGAGUGUGCGGUAGAGAUAUGGUGGUUGAUCAGGAGACUUACAAGACUACUAGUGGAGACUACUGCGUCAAGCCCAACCCCAAUAAGGCCAUGGAGCGAGCUGACUGCCCCAUCAACUGCCGUCGUGUUAACUAUAUGACUGGUGUUGAGAAACGGCUGCUCGGCCAAGGGAUAGUGCAGCCCACGAUUCUAUCCAACAUGAAGGACAGCUACCGAGGGCUGCAGGCGCCCCCGUCCGCCCCUCCUGACGUUGAAGUCAGGGCUCCCGACCCUGAGUACAUCUUUGAUGUGGUAGCGUCAGGCCGUGCCAAUGCUCCAGUGAUACCGGAGACUUCGAAAGGCUACCGGCGACUGUUAGAUCCAUACGUGACUACGUACAGGACCUUCCACCGCCCCUUCACUGCGGAGGACCAGUACGGGCUGGGCGCCAAGGAUCAGAUCACAUUCUACUCGGAGUUUAACACACCUAAGGUUCGGGGUUUUGGACCUCGCCACAAGGAGCUGUGGAUGCCGCUCACAUCGAAGCCUCACAGAGCGGUGUACGACCGCAGCCACGUGGGGAAGGAGUUCAAGGAAGUGGCGGCCAGCCAUAAUCCUGUCAAUAACAUCAAGGGAAUAUUCAUAUCAGAAACGAAAUCGAAGUACAAAGUGCCCUUCGCCGAGUCACCGCUGGCCACCUGGUCUCAUGGGGAAGACUUUGACCUACCCCAGUUCGCCCCAAACCCUUAUCAGACCAAUAUGGCUCCCUUUAUGUACUGCAGCGAUUACUGUCACAUAUCACAAGGAACUUCGCCAAAUAGCGUCAUCGAGACAAUUGACUACAAAACGGACAAAAGUCAUAAGCCUUGUCGACAGAGAUAUAUUGUUUCAAAAGGCUGUUGAGAUCAAUGUCACAAAUCAAUAAUAUUCACGUAAAUUGGAUUAAAUUACAGUUAGAAUCAAUGCCUAUCUGAUUGAUUAUUUUAACAGUAAUUAAAUAAAAGCAGUUACAUU